AUGCAUCGUCUUUUUACUGAGCUGGAGCCAUCUAUUACUGUCACCGAGCAAAACCUGGCAGACCGAGUUCGGUAUAUCUUACGCUCAAAUAAAUUUGAUGGCGCCGAACUCGAACGGCUACGACGUGAGGCUGCUCCCUCAUCAAAUGAAAACGCUACGACUGAGGGUGCGGUGCCACAAGUUGCAGAACAACCCGCACACGUGGAUGCCGCCGAGAAUACCCCAGUGGUUGCUGAUUCAAAUGAUGAUGGAACAUUCACCCAGGAACUAGAAAUAGAGCAAAUGAGGAGUACAUUGGAAGAGGCGAUUAUGGAAACGCGCAGUACGCCUCUCGAAAAUCGACCGCGACUUCCCCGCAUAGCCCUAAGCAAGCGGAAUCGGGCUGUCGUGAGGGCUCUGAACCCAAUGCUGGUGACCUAUUUGGAAGCCAGCCGGGACCUUUGCGAGACGGACUCAAUUCUCUUUGGCGCCGCACUGGCAGUCUGCCGUAUUAUAGGCGCCAAACUUUCCACGGCUGGACGCACUACUGGACAAAGUAGUGCUAUCCCAGCCUGGAGAACAAGAAUUGAAGAACGUAUCGCAAAGGCUAGGGCCCUCAUCGGCAGACUGAUAUGCUUCAGGUCAGGCAAUACCAGGCCAAGGAUUGUGCGCACCGUCAGGAUGGCGUUUGCUGGGACAAAUGUUAGUUUGUCCCAGCCGGAUAUAAUGCAAAAACUGACGGAGCGCAUAGACGACCUGAAGCAGAGAAUCGCUGCUUGGGGAAAGCGAAUUCGGCGAUAUACCGAGAGGUCGACACGGUUCAACCAGAAUCGUCUCUUCCAGAGUGAUCAGAAGAGGCUCUAUAAAUCAUUGGAGCGACCAAUGGUAAGUGGAACGGGCCCAGUACCGAAUCAGGCCGACACGGUCGCAUUCUGGCGCAGCCUGUGGUCAGAGCCCGUAAACCACAACGAGGGCCCUUGGACGGAAGUUGUGGCGAGUCAGUGUGCGGGUAUUACGCCCAUGGACCCCGUCACCAUAACGCCGGAUGACGUAGCUGAGGCGGUCCGUAGGGCCCCGAACUGGAAAAGUCCGGGACUCGACGGGCUGCAUCACUACUGGCUGAAGGGGUUCGUGCAUUUAUUUGAAACAAGCAGCGUGAUAUUGUUUGAGCAACCUAAUUUCCGUCUGAAUAACAAGAUUAUGUCUCGUAUUGGUAUUAGUCCAGUCAUAUUAGACCAAAAAAAUAACAGUAAAGCUGCCUACAUUUCCACCAAGCUGAAAAUCACUACAACUUUUUGA